AUGUAUUCUUUUCAUUCUAAUAAACGAUCAAUAUUAGUUGUUCUCAUUCUCGUUUGUUUAAUUGAAUAUUCUCUGUCAACAAACACUAACGAUAAAGCACAAAUAACUAAAGAUAAUAAUGAAAAUCAGGCAAAAUCCUCCGACGCAUCCACCCGUCAAUCAACAAAUGAUGAUAGUAAUCAAGUUUCUCUUUCCGAGUCAAAUCCACCUGUCCAAUCUGAUAAGCCAGCUAAAUCUCGAAUCGAGAAAGAAAACAAAGAUUAUGAAGGAAAUCUGAAUAUAAAGAUAGAAAAUAUUCUCCAAGAAAUUGAUAUUAAGCUGCAACAAUCAGAUUUAUCUAAUACAAACGAGAAAGAAAUCAGUAGUGAUGCUGACGAAAGCGAAGACGAAGAAGAUGUUCAGCUUCCUCUUACAUCGGAAAUGCAGCAAGCAAAUGCUAUUUAUCAUCAGGCAGUCAAUCUGAUCAAUGGAACAAUAAAUCGUCAAUAUCGAACAGCUUAUAAAUUAUUCAAACAAGCCGCAGAUUUGGGACAUAUUGGUGCUAAAGAGGAACUAGCUUUUGCACAUUUAAUGGGCGUGCAUUUACCAAUGGAUUUCAAACGUGCUCAGACCUAUUUCGAAGAAGGUAUCGCUCUAGGUUCACCGCAAUCUCAUUAUGGUAUUUAUUUUAUGAACAGUGUUGGACUCAUUCCAGAUGCUAGUGUUUCGAAAGCAUUGGUUCAUUUAACAUUUGCCGCUGCUGAUGGUUAUCAUCCAGCUCAGAUGGCACUGGCUUAUCGCUAUUGGCGUUCAAUCAAUAUCGCUCAUAGUUGCGAAUUGGCAUUGAUAUUCUAUCAGCAAGUUGCGACACAUGUUGCGUCAAAAAUAACAUCUGCAAGUGGUCAAUUAGUUCAACGCAUUCGUUUAUAUGAUGAAGAAGAAAAUCCAGCUCAAUCUAAUAUCAUGAGUGAUAAUGAUCUUCUCCAGUAUUAUCAAUUAUUAGCUGAUCGGGGCGAUCCACAAGCUCAAUAUGGUCUUGGUCAAUUGUAUUAUUUACGUGAUACAGCUUUUGAUAAAGCUUUGUACUAUUUUCGUUUAGCAGCAGAAAAUGGUAAUGUCAAUGCAUUAGCUUAUUUAGGAAAAUUAUAUUCGGAGAAAAAUGAUUAUAUUAAGCAAAAUAAUCAAACUGCUGUGCAGUUUUUUCAACGUGCAGUGGCAAAAGGCAAUGCAAUUGGUCAAGCUGGCCUUGGUCUUGCGUACUAUUACGGUGCAGGUGUUGAGCAAAAUUUUGAAAAAGCUUUUAAACUGUUUCAAUUGGGAGCUGCUCAGUCGAACGCUGAAGCACAAUUGAUGCUUGGAGUACUGUAUUACAAUGGCGAAGGUACACAACGAGAUUUCAAAACGGCAAUUAAAUGGUUUCAAGCAGCAUCUCAAUCGGGACAUGUACUUGCUUAUUACAAUCUAGCACAAAUGCAUGCAACUGGUACAGGUGUUUUAAGAUCAUGUCCGACAGCAACAGAAUUAUUCAAAAAUGUUGCUGAACGUGGUCGAUGGUCACAUAUGUUUACAGAAGCAUUGAAUUUGUUUCGACAAGGACAUGUUGAACAAGCAUUUAUGAUAUAUUUGUACUUAGCUGAACUUGGCUAUGAAGUUGCACAAUCGAAUGUUGCUUAUAUCAUCGAUCAAAUGUCGUUAGAUAUUUCUAAUAUAUAUCGAACAAAAGAAGAAAGAUAUAAGAAGGCGUUGAUCUAUUGGAAUAGAGCAGCUGUGCAAGGUUUUCAUUAUGCAAGAGUUAAACUUGGAGAUUAUUAUUACUAUGGUCAUGGUACUGAACAAAAUUAUGAACUCGCAGCAAGUCACUACAAAUCCGCAAGUGAUCAUAGUCAUAGUGCUCAAGCUAUGUUCAAUUUAGCUUAUAUGCAUGAAAAAGGCUUAGGAUUGAAACGAGAUUUGCAUUUAGCUAAACGGUUCUAUGAUAUGGCCGUUGAAACUAAUAUAGAAGCAUAUCUACCUGUGACAAUUGUACUUAUUAAACUUCAAAUUGAAUCGUUUUUCGAAAGAUUGUUUUCGAACUCGAAAUCGUCAUCGUCAACAUCGCCGCCACCUUCAAAAUCGCCCGAAGAGAAACAAACGACAUCAGUUGAUAUUGAUACCCUAUGGGAUUUGUAUUUGAUGGCAGCUUUACUUGGUUUAAUCGGUGCUCUGUAUACAAUACGUAGGCAAAGAGCUGCUUUACGACAAUAA